GCGAGCUCCAGACUGGACAGCCGGAAUCAGCGCAGAUUCGCCGCGCGCGCGCCGGAGAGACACGCACACACUUCAGAAAGGAUCUUCUAGAGAAACUCCUGCCGUCGAGGUCUAAGUUACCAUGGGAGGAAAACUGAGCAAGAAGAAGAAGGGAUACAAUGUGAACGAUGAGAAGGCAAAAGAAAAGGAGGCCAAAACAGAGGGAGCAUCAGCAGAGGAGAACGACGCUUCUAAAGACAACAAGGAGGAAGCACCAACUGGCACGGAAACCACCGAGACAGCCAACGACACGGCGGCAGCUACCAAGGAAGCCACUCCUGUUGCAGAUAGCAGCGCAACCGUGUCGAAAGAAGAGGAGAAGAGUGGUGCCCCAGCGGCCAAGGAAGAGAAAUCAGCACCUAGCGCCACCUCCACAUCCAAUGCCAAGAGCGCCGACUCCACCAAAGUGGAACCUGCUAAGAGUCCCGAGGCCCCACCCACCAAGGCAGAAGAAAAGCCCGCCUCUACUCCAGCAGCGGCCAAUGAGAAAGAACCAGCGAAAGAUACCGCCCAGUCAGUCAAAGAGCCUGUCCCAGCUAAGGAGCCCGCCUCCGCGGUGGAGAGCAAGGCCGACGCUGAGGCUAAAAAGACUGAAGCUCCACCUGCCAAAGGGACGGCUUCUGCACAGCCUGUAACCACGGAGACCAGCCCUGCCCCCAGUAAGGAGCAGACAGUUGCUGUGCAAGAUUAACGAACAGAGGCAAACAAACAAAUAAAGGAGAAAAUAAAUAAAUAAAUAAAUAAAUAAUUAAAAUAAGAUCAGAUUAAAUUAGCCCUUCUUAAAUGACAACCACUAUAAUAUAAAAAAAUUGGAAUAAUAAUAUUGACUUUGACAACAUUGCUCAGCAAUUUUUUCUUGGGUUUUUAAUGAGCGGAGAGCAAUUAUGAGGUACUAAUGAUGUAUAAGUAGAAUAUGACCUAAAAUAAUAUUGAUGAUGAUGAUGAUGAUGAUAAUCUUGGUGCUGUUGAUUUCUGUUGUCACAGUUAUUAUUGUUAUUUAAACACUGACACAAGACCGAAUCUACCACCAGCCCCCAAAGUCUAACUCUUAACGUCUCUCUCUCUCUCUCUCUCACUCUCUCUAUCUUCCCACCUAGCUCACGCUCCUUAUUUAACCCUCUAUUUAAUAGGGGACUGAAAUGAAAGUCUGAAACUGGCUUAUUUGCAGGCCACACACACACACACACACACACAGUCCUCACCCGUCUGUUUUUUACGUUGCACUCUUGUUCGAGAGGAGUGCGACCGAUGUGCGUGAGUGUGUCUGUAUGGUGGUCUCACAUUCUAUUGGGUAUCUUCUCUUUGCAGCCGUCUGGUUUGUGCUUUGGUCAUUUGCAGUGGUUGACGUUGUGUUUUGGCCUUUGUUCUCUAGUCCUUCCUAAACUUUCCAUACCUUUCAUUGAUAUCCUUUAUAUUGAUGGAAUAAUAAUAACAAUAAUAAUAAUAAUAAUAAUAAUGAAAAAAAACCCAGAAAACACACAUUCACACACACCACAGCGAGAGGGCGUGAGAGUGAGAGAGAGUCUGUGCUAAAAAGAAUUGAUGCAUUUAAAUGUGCGUACACAUUCGCAGUGUUUGUUUAAAUCUUCAUUGGUAUUAUAUGUACAAAUUAAAUCCUGUGCGCAUGUGUGCAUGUACGAGUGUGUGUGUGUGUGUGUGUGUGUGUGUGUCUCUGUAUCUCUGUGUGUAAGUUUUGAAGUGGCCAUGCCUAAGGACCCAGUCUGCCUACUUAAUGAUUAAGCAGCAGUUGACAUGGUGUCCAUGCAUGACAGGAGAGAGAGAGAGAUAGAGAGAGAGAACGAGCGAAUAUACGGACAGUAGGAGUGUGAGAUAAAGAGGGAUUUGGGAGUGUGAUCCACCAACAAUUACUAGACAAAAUAACUUCCCUCAAUACAACAUGACCUGGUUUUGUGCAUGUAUGUGUGUGUGUGUGUGUGUGUGUGUGAGAGAGCGUGUGUGUGAGUGUGUUGUAACAGACUUCUUGCAUGUCAGUUGUUGAGUGGCCCUGUAAUGUAUUUUGGUUGCUGUGGAAAUAAUGUUGACGAUAUUCUAUUACUCUAUUUCAUUAACAGUGCACGAACACAAAAAACAGACACUCUUUCUCUCUCUCUCUCUCUCUCUCUCUCUCUCUCUCUCUCUCUUUCUCUCUCUCUCUCUCUCUCUCUUUCUGUCUAUUCCUCUUAACAUCCCUUGCCAAAAUGAAGCAGAACAUAAGCUGGAUGAUUUGAAAUUAUAUGUUCUUGUAUAGAUGGAAAAACUAAUAAAAUGUAAGAAACUGAUUGACAA